CCAAUCUUCGCUAUUUCCUUGCCAACUACUCCUUCAUCGUGGCCGCCGGUUGCGCCCUAUCCCUCCUCACCGCCCCGUUCUCUCUCGCUCUCCUCUCCGUAAUCGUUGCACUCUGGAUCCUCCUCUACUUGUUCAGAGAAGACCCUUUGGUGUUGUGGGGCCAUAGCAUAAGCGAUCAGUGGGUGCUCUUCUGUUUGGUCGUCAUCUCAGUCUUGGCAGUGUGGGUGUGCGACAUGGUGGAGAAUUUGGUCGUCGGGUUCGGCGUUGGAUGCUUAGUUUGUGGGUUCCAUACGGUUUUCAGGAAACUUGAUGGACUGUACUUAGAAGAGAAUGAUGCCGUUUGCUAUGAUUUGGUACAUUGUUCUGGAUCUUCAAGAAUUGGAGGAGUCGAGGAAGUGAGGGAGAUGGAGAUGAUUCCAGAAGAGGCAAAAACAGUAGGCGAGGGAGAUGGAGAAGGAAAUGAUUCUAGAAGGCUUGGAGGAGUUGAGGAGGCGAGGGAGAUAGAAAUGGAGGUGAUUCCAGAAAGGGGCAAAAAGCAGUAAAGGCGGUAUUAAGAGAAACGACGUCGUUUUGAUUUGGGACUCCAAUUUUUUUUGGGAGGUAGGACUGAUCUGCACUUUCCCGUAAAUUAAAUUUAUGGCAGACAU